ACUUGCGGUCUUUCAUCCUCGCAGAACGUCCACCCUGUUGGUGAGAACGACACAGCUGCACCAAGCUGCUGUUGUCUGCAACUAAAGUUUUUAUAUAAUAAUGUCGAGCAAAGCGGCAUUGAAAGCUGUCAGGACAGCAAUCGACUCGAAGGACUUUGAACUGGCCGCCGAGAAAGCAAAGGACCUUGUCAAACAAGAACCCCAAAAUUACCAUGCGAAUGUCUUCCUUGGCCUUGCCCAGGAUAAGCGGAACGAGAAUGCAGAGUCCGAAAAAGCCUACCUUGCUGCAACCCGCAUUAAAGAAAGCGACAGAACGGCAUGGCAGGGACUAAUUAACUUAUACCAGAAACAAGGAAGUCAUAAACUAGAUGCUUAUAGAGAGGCGGCAUUGAAACUCGGAAAAAUAUAUGCAGAUGCUGAUGAUAUUAACCGCUGCCAAGACUUAGUGGACAAGUAUAUAGGUUUUUCAAAGAAAUAUGGCACUCGAUCCCAAUACAAACGCGCCCUCGAAUUACAUCUCCCGACUUGCCCUCUCUAUUACUUCCUCGAGGGAAAGGUGCCGCAUCCUUCCCAUACUUAUCAGCGCUUGAUAGAAAUUGCGGAGUCGGGGGAGAAGGAGUAUAUAAAUAAGGAGAUCGGGGAGCGGAGGACUCGCCUGGGCGCUAGAAUCGACCAGGUGACUCUGGAGGUGAAGAGAGAAGCAUUUAGACGAAGCGACUUGGAACAGCUCUAUCGAGGGAUAGUGGAUUGGUCGUACGACGAUGCUGUUCGACGAAAAUAUGAGGAAAAACUGAUACAACGGGGGUAUGAUGUUCUCUCAGCACUACCGUCCGAUGAAAAACCCCCUAAGCGAGAUGAGGUACUGCGGGCUGCCCGCGACAUGGUCAUAAUAAAGCAUCCUUUCGAGCUUGCUUGGAAGAUUGUACUGGAAUGGCAGGAUGUUGAGGAGUUUCUGCAGUGGGACGUUGGACUUUUGAAAGAAUUCAUUGAAUUUUUCCCUGACGAUGGCCUUGCCAAAGUACUCAGAGGGUUUUUGGGCAGUGAUAAUUCACCGUUUCCUAAGGAAGCCCAAUCUGAGGAAGAGAAGAGCGAGGAUGUCAACGGAAACAGCCAUGAGAAUCAUGAGUUGGUAGCCCAGGAUCGUCUGUUGCUCAUGGUUGAGGGACUUGAUGCAGCCCGUUCUUCAGUGGUCGCACACCGAAUAAUGGGAGAGCUCUAUCUUUCUCUUGACGAGUUUGAGAGCACGGUAGACGUGUCCCGCAAAGGCCUUAGGAAUAUCCAAGAGUUGAUCAAGACGACUGGUGUGGAUCUUAGGAAUACUUUGGACGCCGUGAACAUCACGCUGGCCAACGCUUUGAUAUCCUACCAGUCUCCGAGGCAUCAUUCCGAAGCUAAGCAGAUUUUUGAGAACAUUUUGCAAAGGAAACCGACAUUGACAGCCUGUUUAUUGGGAGUUGGACUAAUACUAAAGGUGGAUGAGGAUUAUGCGGAAGCUAUAGACUUUCUUGAGCGCGCCUUAGGGCGAGACCCAUCGAAUAUCAAAAUCAGAGGCGAGCUAUCCUGGUGCAGAGCUCUCUGUGGAGAUCUGGAAUCUGGCCUUCAAGGCCUCGAAGCUGUGUUAUCAGAGGUACAAAGCAUGCAGCCGGAUAAUAGAGACUUCAAGGCCGAGAUCUUGUACCGAAUCGGAUAUUGCCAAUGGGAGUUAGAUCCCUCCCCUGCUGCACGGAAGAAUCGCAGUGGCGCUUAUACGAGCUUCCUGGCCUCUAUACAGGCAAACAUGAACUAUGCGCCUGCGUAUACGAGCCUCGGCAUAUACUACGCUGAUUACAAGAAAGAUAAAGUGCGUGCGCGUCGAUGCUUCCAUAAGGCUUUUGAACUGUCUCCGUUAGAGAUAGAAGCAGCAGAACGACUUGCGAGGUCGUUUGCGGACCAGAAUGAAUGGGAACUAGUUGAGGCCGUGGCACAACGAGUUGUGGAUUCAGGCAAGGCUAAGCCUUCACCUGGAUCGAAGCGAAAAGGAUACAGCUGGCCAUACGCUGCGCUGGGUACAGUUCAGAUAAAUAAACAACAAUAUGUCAAAAGUAUCGUUUCGUUUCAGGCCGCCCUGCGAAUUUCACCGCGUGACUACCAUUCUUGGGUUGGUCUUGGUGAAAGCUAUCACCAUUCCGGGCGCUUCAUAGCUGCCACGAAAUCAUUCGAGCAAGCUCAGACCCUAGAAGCUGAUCUUCCCGCCGAGGAAAAAGAACAGGUCUGGUUCGCACGAUACAUGCUCGCGAAUGUGAAGCGGGAACUUGGUGAAUAUGAAGAUGCUAUUUCGAGAUAUGAGGACGUCAUGGCCUUGCGACAAAGCGAGGUUGGUGUGAAGAUUGCGCUGCUUCAGACACUCAUGGAUAAUUCGUGGAGAAGUCUGAACUCGGGGCUUUUCAACGACGCUGCUGAGCUGGCACGUAGGGCUAUAGAAGUCGCCGUAUCUGUGGCAGAGGAGAGUGUCGAUAUUUUCAAUCUGUGGAAGGCAACCGGGGACGCUUGCUCUAUUUUGUCUUACAUCAAAUCGAAGGCGGGCAAAAUGCCAUUUGGCGAGAUAUGCAAUCUGCUUGGUACCCAGGCCGAUACCACUGCGUUCGAUAUUUUCACAGAUUUGGAUGAGGUUGGGCAAGACUAUUUGCGACUUCUGACAGUCGAGGGAGACGAUGCGUUGACGCCGUCGAAUGGGUGCAUCUACGCUGCUAUUUUGGCAUACAAGCGUGCUGUCCAGGUCUCAUCGCAGGAUGUAUAUGCGCAGGCAGUCGCCUGGUAUAAUCUUGGUUGGGCUGAGUAUCGAACAUACAGAUGCUUGCAACUUGACUCGAGCAAGAAGGGCAAAAGACAGUUACGUAAAUUCCUAACGGCAGCAGUGCGAUGCUUCAAACGAGCCAUUGAGUCUGAGGCCGGAAAUGCCGAGUUCUGGAACGCGCUUGGUGUUGCAACUACAAGCAUGAGCCCAAAGGUUGCGCAGCACUCAUUCGUGAGAAGCUUACAUCUCAAUGAUAGGAGUGCCCAGGUUUGGACCAACUUAGGAACUCUCUACCUUAUUCAUAAUGACAUCCAACUUGCAAAUGAAGCAUUUACCCGUGCACAGUCGGCGGACCCGGAUUAUUCUCCAGCUUGGCUUGGUCAAGGAUUCCUGGCUCUUCUCUGGGGUGAUCCCAAGGAGGCGAGAGGUCUGUUCGAGCAUGCCUUUGACAUUUCGAACUCGUCUUCAGUCCUGCCGAAGCAACAAUAUACCUUAACGUUAUUCGAUAACCUUAUGACGGAUGCGUCAAUUUCGAAUGAGAUAUCAGAACUUAUCCAGCCCUUGUUUGCGCUUCAUCAGCUUUGUUGUCAAAAUCCAUCCGAUCUAACAUUCAUGCAUUUGUCAGCGUUGUUGGCUGAAAGAACCGGGGAGUUCUCCGACGCGGAAUCCAGUCUAAAGGCAGUCUGUUCCGGGGUGGAAGCGGAGUUUGAGGUGUCUGAAUCUCCUGCUGCCCUUUCGAAAUUUGCGCAGGCGAAUGCAGAUAUCGCCCGUGUCCACCUCGCACGUCAUGAAUUUGAAGAAGCGGCGGAGAGAGCGGAGACGGCACUUACGCUCUCGGGAGAAGAAGAUGCAGAUAAAUUCGACCCCGAGACCAGUCGAAAACUACGCUUGUCUGCGCAUUUGACGGCCGGCCUUGCACACUACUACCUGAAGUCGAUGGACAGUGCCAUCGACAUGUUCCGUGACGCCUUGCAUGAGGCAGAUGAUGCACCGGAGGUUGUUUGUCUUCUCGCCCAGGUUCUUUGGGCCAAGGGGGGAGAGGAAGAGCGAAGCGUGGCGCGCGAGCGGCUUUUCGAUUGUGUAGAAAGAUACCCUGAACAUACCGGCGCUGUGACUCUUCUCGGAGCCAUAGCGCUUCUAGAUGUGGAUGAGGAUGCUAUUGAAGCGGUACAAUCCGAUCUUGAGAGCAUGAGAACGAGGGAUGAUAUUGGAAUUCACGACCGGGCCAAGCUACUCAAGCUCCUUACUGCCAUCUCCGCGAUGGGCUUUGGUGCGGAUACCACUGUAACGGAGGAGACGAGACGCAUUGGAGAGGCCACGGUGGGCGUGAUGCUAUCACCUGGCCAGCCCCAGGGUUGGAUGGAAUUGUCUGUUGCUUCUCAAGAGGUUUAUCCCGCGGAAAUGGCCGUGAAACGAGCACUGAGGAAUGUCCCACCACGUGGUAAUCUCGAUGCAGACGAUCUUUCUCAGGCCUAUUCGCAAACUGGGAAGGCAAGUGAUGCGUUACGGGCAGUCAUGGUCGCUCCAUGGAGACAGGAUGGCUGGGAAGGAUUGGUUCAUGCUGUGUCUGAGGCAUAGAUCCGCAGUUGAACUUCUCUCUGUAGAUAGGUUACAGGUCCUAAAAAGAGAAGGGUUAGUUUUUAUAUCUUAAGAAUGGAGGAAAAGAAUUCCUCUCACCUCCUUCGUAAUUAUCAUCACCCAGCAAAGUUGAAAGACAUUCAUCCUGUCGUUUCACCAUUUGUAUUCCCUUCAGCUUGAAGUCUCUCCAACAACCUCGCCUUUCUCGUCCUUUUCCAUUCCUGAUCCAACGAUUCGAUCUUCCCACCGAGAAUCGUGACAGAAUCAGGUACCAGUAGAGCCAUGCCCCUUGCCACAGUCACGCUGCGUAAGAUCAUCUUCGCCCCGAUAGGUAAUUUCCCAAUACCGAUGCCAUCGACAGACUUCAACUCGAUGCCGACAACCCUUGUAUUAGCUGCAUCCUGGAGAAUUAGCCGAUGCGGACCAUUGCUACUGCCGCCCAUCCCACUAGCCGUAGCAGCGCUAUUAUUAUUGGCAUUGCCGUUACUGUUCCCCAGUACCUCACGAUCAUCCACGUUAACAGUUCGUAUAAUUUCCUUUCCCCUUACGGUCUCUCCCCUUUCCACACGCUCAAUAGCCUCGACCUGGUUCCACAGGCUCGUGCCAAUAUCUUCGAUAUCGAGGACCUGGACCGGGAUGGGACAGGGGAGUCUCCUUUCUUUCAGGGUUGGGUCCGAGAUGUCCAUGGGCAGGAGCGAGGAUGGGCGGUCCGUGGAGAGGGUUUCCCGGAUAUCGGAGUUUAGGAUGUGGUAGAGCGCUGUUUGAGCGAGAGUUGACAAGGGGACAUUGCUGGUCGUUGUGGUGGUUGUGAAAGUCUGAAGCCAGCUUCGGGAGACGGGGAGGGAUUUGGUGGUGAGGAGGUGAGAGGCGAUUUGGUCUUGAAGGGUAGCCAUUGUGGAUUAAUAGCAGGGACAGUUAAUUCAGUCUUCCUUUGCCAUUAUCCUUUGUCUGGUGAAGGAAUUUCGAGUUGAUAAAAAUCCGGGGAAAACGCGAGAAACACUGACCACUGCUUAAGUUGGGACAUGUUUUCCCUUACCUCU